UUUCCAGCAGUUGAGGGCACUUCCUCUCUAUUUGACAUCCUCGUUAGGGUUCAGCAGGAGAUAUUCAAAAGCUGAUAACUUCUAACUCAACAAGCACCAGGCAGGGCUACACAUGAGGAGUUAUGGCCGGUUCUGCUCAUUUGGACAUGCUGGAUGAAAGCACUGAUUCUUUCAGAGGCUGGGAGACUUUUGUGUGGCAUGGGUUUCACCUGGAGGACUGGAAGAGGCAUGGAGUCAUUAAUAGAAUCGCCUAUUUUGAGGUGGAGAUCCUGGACCCCAAGAGCAAGGCGCAACUCUGCUACCUGGAUAAGGUGGAGCCCAGUGCCACCAUCGCUGAGAUCAAGGGUUUGUUCCACAAAACUUACCCCAAGCUUUAUCCAUCACGACAAGCACUGAAGCUGCAUCCUGAGGGAAAAGCCCUCAGUGAUGAGGAUGUUUUGGAGGAUCUGCCGGUGGGCACAACCGCAACCAUGUUCUUUCAGGACCUCGGCCCACAGAUAGGCUGGACUAUGGUCUUUCUGGCGGAGUGUCUUGGGCCGCUUUUUGUUUACCUGCUGUUCUACUUUCGGCUUCCAUACAUCUACAGACACGAAUAUGACUACAUUCGAAGUCCAUUGAAAGUUGUCAGGCUGGCUUGCUGGUGCCACUGUCUUCAUUACAUUAAGAAGCUUGUGGAAACUAUUUUUAUCCAUCGCUUUUCUGACGGAACAGUACCUUUACGCACCAUCAUGCUGCUAUGUCUGUACUACUGGGGAUUUGCAUCGUGGCAGGCGUAUUAUAUCAACCAUCCGCUCUACACCCCAGCAACAUAUGGGAGGCUCCAGAUUUACUCUGCACUGGCGUUGUUUUUGCUCUGUGAAUUUGGAAAUCUUUCAGUUCAUCUGAUUCUGAACCGAAUCAGCUGUAAUGGUUCCAAGCCUACAGAGAUUCCUUAUCCUACAAAUAAUCCAUUCACUUGGCUCUUUUUCUUUGUGUCCUGUCCAAACUACACAUAUGAGGUGGGAUCAUGGAUCAGCUUUGCAGUCAUGACACAAUGUGUUCCAGUUGGAGUUUUCGCAUUUUUGAGUUUUAUUCAGAUGACUAUAUGGGCUCGGGCAAAGCAUAAAACCUACGUGAAGGAAUUCAAAGACUAUCCUGAGCUGAGAACGGCCAUCAUUCCACUCUUCUUCUAAGAUCUGCUGGAUGGAGGAUGAAUCUACAUGCACUUUUGUCACUGGAUGCCUCACCAAACGUCAUAUUAUACACUGCAUAAAUACAUCUAUUGUUUUGAUCAUUUCAUUAUGUGACACAUGCUAAAAAUGACACUAA